ACAAGAACAUCAUCCAUCUUACAAAAAAAGGAAAACACUCCAAAUGUUACUUCUCCAAAGAUUAAAGACUGUCCAAGAAAAGAAGAACCUUAUAGACAGAAAUACUCAGCAACUAUACCAACGUUUUCAACCGACGCAGUAUAA